AUGGCGCCUCAAAUCAAGCAUGACAUGAACCGGUCGGGAUGGGAGACUACAGAUCUGCCAUCCGUGUGCGAGCGAUGUCUACCUGACAAUCCAUACGUGCAGAUGUUGAAGGAGGAUUAUGGAGCGGAGUGCAAACUAUGCACGAGGCCUUUCACAGUUUUCCGAUGGAAGGCAGACCGGACAGCACGCCAAAAGCGCACUGGUAUCUGCCUCACAUGUGCGCGGUUGAAGAAUUGCUGUCAGUGCUGCAUGCUGGAUCUAUCGUUCGGAUUACCAAUCACAAUCCGAGAUGCCGCUUUGAAAAUGGUUGCGCCAGGACCGCGCAGCGAGAUCAAUCGGGAGUUCUUUGCACAAAAUAACGAACGGGAGAUCGAAGAAGGCCGAGGGCUGGAGGGCUACGACAAGACAGACGAAAAGGCUCGAGAACUUCUGCGAAGAUUGGCAGAGAACGAGCCUGCAUACAAGCGGCAGAGGAGGCUGGCUCUCGAGGCGGAGGCGGAGGCGGAGGCUGGAACAGGGCAAAAAUUACUAGGAAACGGAGAGGAGAGCACAGAAUCCGGUGUCGGCCCAAUACGGACAAAGGCGCGCAAGUCACAAUAUGGAUCAGCUUACGGCAACACACCCUACGCAAAAGAUGGCAACUCUGGUGCCGGUCGCGGCGGCAAAGGCCCACAAUCCCAGACGCGCAGAGCAUUCCCAUCUGCAGCUGCGUUGCCAAUUCAGCCACAAGACAUCUUGCCGCCUGCCGAUCGCAACAUCACCUCAUUAUUCGUUACAGGUGUUGAGGACGAUAUGCGAGAGGACGAUGUGCGCGCACACUUUUCGCAGCACGGUGCGCUCCGAUCGUUGGUAUGCAGUCAUCGGAGCCACUGCGCAUUCGUCAACUACAUGACGAGAGCAGAUGCAGAGAAGGCCGCCGAGGCGUGCCAGGGCAAGGCUCUUAUCAAAGGAGUGCCGUUGCGCGUGCAGUGGGGAAAGCCGAAGCCGCUUGACAGUAUGGACCGGGAUCAACGGAUGAAGAACGCAAGGUCGGCACGAAAUCUUGCCGGAUCUGCACGACCUGUCGGAGAAAACGGCCAAAAGGCACUCGAAGGUUCAUCUGGCAAUCAAAUGCUAGCAUCUGAGAUGCCUAAACCUCCUGGUCAGGACGAUGAUGUGGAAUAUGCCGCCAUGACAGGGGAAUGA